AUGAAGCUGUGGGUGGAGAUUCUCCUGAUAGUCCCCAAAACACCUCUCAUCUGCAGGACUAUGAGUAACCAGACAAUGGUAACAGAGUUUAUCCUACAGGGCUUUUCAGAGUACCAAGAAUACUGGUUGCUCUUAUUCGGAUGUUUCCUCUCCUUCUACUUUGUGGCUCUCACAGGUAAUGUCCUCAUCAUCUUGGCCAUCUCCUUCAACACUGGGCUUCACACCCCUAUGUAUUUUUUCCUGUUCAACUUGGCUACUAUGGACAUUAUCUGCACCUCUACUGUUAUGCCCAAAGCACUGGAGGGUCUGGUAUCUGAGAAGAGCUCCAUCUCCUUUGGGGGCUGCAUGACCCAGCUUUACUUCCUCACAUGGUCUGCAUCUUCUGAGCUGCUGCUCCUCACUGUUAUGGCCUAUGAUCGGUAUGCAGCCAUCUGCCACCCCCUGCAUUACAGCACCAUGAUGAGAAAAACAUUCUGCAGUAUGCUGGCUGCAGGUGUGUGGGGGCUCUGUGCCUUCAACACAGCCAUGCACACUGGGCUGAUGCUGCGCUUGAAUUUCUGUGGCCCCAAUUUGAUUACCCAUUUCUUCUGUGAGGUCCCACCUCUGCUACUUCUCUCCUGUAGCUCCACCUAUGUGAACAGUGUCAUGAUUGUCCUGGCUGAUGCCUUUUAUGGUAUAUUGAACUUCCUGAUGACCCUUGUGUCAUAUGGUUUCAUCAUCUCCAGCAUCCUAAAGAUGAAGACCAAAAAGGGGAAGAAGAAGGCCUUUUCCACCUGCUCUUCCCAUCUCAUUGUGGUGUGCAUGUACUACACAGCUGUCUUCUAUGCCUACAUAAGCCCAGUCUCCAGCUACAGUGUAGAGAGGAGCAAGUUCGCUGGAGUGCUGUACACUAUGCUGAGCCCUACCCUGAACCCCCUAAUCUAUACCUUGAGAAACAAGGAGGUCAAAUCAGCCCUUAGGAAGCUUUUCCCCUUCUUCAGUAACUAG